AUGGCGUUCUUCCUCAUUUGCCCUCGCUUCCGAAGAUACUGGAAAACCUCCGACUCGGACACAAGACGCUCCUACCAGUUGAAGCCGGCGAGGCCAUCCCCAGACGAAGAGCCUGAGGGCAAUUCCUCGACAAGGGAAGAUGCACGCUCUAGUCAUCACAGAGGCUCCAGUGGCUUGUCCGAUAGACUGCGCAGACGUUUCUCCCGAGAAGCCAAAGACCUUCGUGUAAAGCCGAGAGCCCAAAGGAAGUCGGGGUCCCCUGGGUUUCCCUUCUCGUCCAAACCGGCCAACACCAGUAAAGGAGUAAUCACCCCAGACGACAUCGGCAGUAGCCUGAUGAGCGAAAGAGGAUAUGACAGCGAUGCGCAGUUCAUCAGCACCCCUAAGCAGAUCAGUCAUACCAGAGAUCACCCAACACGCAUCAUUCAGGAGACUGUCUCCCCUCUGCGGCAGGAGAUCGAGCGGGAGCUUUCAUAUGACCAAGGUCAUGGUCCCCAGAGUGAAACAAUGGCGGAUGCACGGUUGGACCGUACCGUCAUGGAAGAACCACAGCCGGGUUUGCGCUCGAGGAACCAAACAUCUUGGGCUACCCAGUCAUCAGGUUCUUCUGCUUUUCGUGCGGACGACGGGAGUCGCCGAAUCAGAGUUGCAAGACCUCAAAGAGGCGGAGGCAGUCCCGUUCACAAUAAGAGAAACGGCUCGUACCCGCAUCAAGGAUAUCGUCCUCCAGUUCGCAUGGCGACACCUGACCCGAGUAUGCCUAGACACGGUUCUGGCUAUUCGAGUCCGAUUUCUCCUGUGCCGUUCCCUUAUACUACAUCCGCAGACUCACCAGCUGGGCCUUCACAGAUCUCGGUCAGGAAGAGACGGCGCCAGCCCCCCACAGGCACCAUGUCAGAUAACUGUUCGAUUCACCUUGGUGACAUGAACAUCCCGACGAUGUUGGCGUCUUGUUCGACAUCACCUCGUAUCUUAUCCCCAAAGCAAUCGUUUGAUGAAAACAGGUGGGCUACCAAUGCCGGGACGUGGAAUGCUCCUCGGCCCCCUCAUGACCCUGGAGCUGCCACAGGAAAGGCACCGUUUAGCCAAACAGGACCGAGAUUCAGAAAGGCCCCGGUAGACCAUUCCUCCUCGUGCUAUUCUCAAAAGACCAGCCUUUCAUCUGCCGGCAUCCCAAGCGACUCUGUGGAUAAACAAAUUCAACAUCAGGCCACCUCAAAGGAACUGGGUGCAGAGCCUACUGCGGGCUUUAAUUGCUCACCUAAUUCCUUUCUUAUGGAAUCUCUCUAUACCUCCGUCACGGACAACUAUGCUGAUAAAGCAGAGGCGCAGAGAAGCAAGUUUACCGAGCGAUUCGAGUCAGACCGGUCACUGACCCCUCUUGCUCAUGGCCUCCAUGACACAGAGUCUGAUCUUGUAUCCCCUCGCAAGGUGAGUGUGGGAUGGAUGUCGGGAGGACGGCGGCUUGGGUAUGGAUACACCCUGGUUCCCGCCAAUGACGGAGCCGAUCAAUUUCCAGAUAGGUCUGAUCCUUGCGAGGCCAGCAUCCCAGAACAGACUAGGAAGACAUCUCCCAAGAUGGGGGAUCCCGGUUUUGAUAUAUCAAGCAUCAUGAGCCGCAUGCGUCUUCGCAGCUUGUCUAGCGCUUUUAGCGAAGCCGGGAGUGAUCCAAUGAAGUUCUCGCUAUUGGAGAAGCUCAAACGAAAGAAAGAUCAAGGUGAUGCGGGGGCAGAUGGCGACGCCAAAAAUCCUUGGGAUUUUUGCUCCUGGGUUGACCCAAACCAGCCGGUGAGCGGCCAAUCGAGCCCGCAGAAAAGCUCAUCGGUCUCCACCAAGAGUACGGAAGGACGGUCUGUAGGGAGAUGGGCAACGUUACGGCGUACGGGGAGUCUCUUGACCAAGGGUCGCAGCGUGUCGGCAAUCACGCGUGGGCUCGAGGCAAAAGCGACUUCAAGGUUGACAACGCCGGCCGGGCGAUAUCCUGUGGCACGGAGAAAGGAGGGUCGGAUGCUGAAGUUCAAGGUCCUCGACCGUAAGAAUAAGGCCAAGAGCGCCGAUGACGAUGUCCCUAUUGUCCCUAUUGUCCCCAUCGAGCAGUCGCAUGGAGAUGCCGACUCCGGAGAAUGCCAGGACGAGCAUGUUGACGACGAACAGAUGAUCGACACCGGCGCUCAGAUAGUCGAAAGGGAUCGGCACCAUUCUUCGGACAAGACUGGAUCGGAAGCCAUCACCGACGAUUGGAAGAGCACUUACCAAGACUGCCAGGAAAUGCUCGGGUAG